AUGACGACGAAGAUUCCAGAUUUAUUAUCAAACUUAACAGAUGUUAGCGCAUUUCCACUACAUAAACAACUAGAGUUACUACCUACAAAUGAUUUUAAAGAGUUUAUAGAGAACCCAGAGCUAAUAGAAUCUUAUAUUCAUCAAUUGACAAAGUAUAAGGAAAAAGUUGAAAAAGUUCAAUCUACAUUAUCUACAUUAAAAAUUAUAUUAAAUGAGGAAAUACAUCAAAAUUUAAUUACUAAAUAUCAGCAAUUGACGAAAAAGAUAAACUCCCAGAUUAGUACCAUACGACAAAUAUAUCAAGAAUUUCAAAAUUUAGAAACUGUUCAAUAUCAAUUAUUUUCAUCAAAUUUUAAUCAGGAUUUUUUAAAAUACAAGAUGAAGAAACUAAUUGAAAAGACAAAUAUUGAGAGUAAUGAGUUUGGUAAGAAAUUAAGUAAGGCAACUAAUGAAAAUGAAUUUAAUAAUAUUAUAAAUCAAUAUAAAGAUACAAGAGCAAAGUAUCAUUUUAGACAAGAGAAAUUGAAUAGAUGGGAAGAAGAAAGAGUCAGUGGAUUUAUUUAA